AUGUCAAGCAGCAACUACUAUUAUUCUGGAAGUGGAACCUUCUUCUCUUCAAUAUUAACAUCAAGCAGCAACUACUAUUCUUCUAGAAGUGGAACCUUCUUCUCUCCAACGUCAACGUCAAACAGCAACUACUAUUCUUCUAGAAGUGAAACCUUCUCUUUAAUGUUAACGUCAAACAGUAAUUCCUAUUCUUAUAGAAGUGGAAUCUCAAUGUCAACAGUUUCUAAUCUUCAAAUGCUGAAUUAUGAAAUAAACAAUGAUCAAGAUAAUGAACUUGUAUUACCUGUAUCAAUAGUCGACUCCAGCAUAACUAUGGAUCUAUUUGAAGAUGAAGAUGCUAUGUCGAACGCUGAAGAAGAAGCGACUUCUCGACCAAAAAAAAAGAUGAAGUCUACACUAAAACUGAAGAGAAAAAACAAAAAUUCACAAGUAGAAAUCCAAAAAGCUGAAGCAGAUAUUGAAGUAGCAAGAGCUGAGAUGAAAGAAAUAUUGAAAACAUUACCGUCAGAAUUUGAAAUGAGAUAUGAUAAACAAUCAGAAACUGAUCCAGAUGAUGAUGAAAAUCGUCAAGUAGUUGUAUAUGAUUAUACCUGGAGGUCAAACGAGCUUGUUGAACGUGAAAUUCAACCACUUGGUGAUUAUAAAUCUUUGCUUAAUUUUGCCAUUGAGAAUGAAUAUCGAUUUGGUAAACUAAAGAAUAACAUUGACGAUAUUCUCUUAUAUGAAACAGAUGAGGAAGCAGGAGAGUUUAGUGAAUGA